UUUUGAUAAGUGAAUCAGACGUCAAGAUCCUACGAGUCUACGUCGUUCCCCCUUCCCUCGAAAGAACCUCGAGAUGGCUGUCAGAUUGUCUUCGUUGCCAGACGACAUCCUGCUCAUGAUAUUGAAGCAGGUACCCGUUCUAUCCACUCUUAUUGUUGCGUGGCAUUUACUCACUCUUCAAAGGUUCACUUGAAUGACCCCAAGGCUUUGCCUGUUAUGUGCCUCGUCGGCAAACAAUUCUUUCAUCUGGAGGUACCCAUAUUGCACCGCACUGCAGUGAUUACCCCAGAAAAGCUGAGAAAGCACACUUGUUCGGAAAUGGACGGCUUGCGUAGUAAUCUUCGACGAAGAAUAGUUGAUUUUGCUCGUGAUUUGACGAUCAGGGGCUCGGGGUUCGAUUGGGAAUUCUUGGAGAAAUUGCUAGCAGAGAUGAAGCAGUUGGAUAUCGUUCAUUGGUCUUCGUGGGAAGAAUCUAUUCCAAAGACAGUCUUAGACUGUCUUUCGACGAACCACCCCGAAUGUGCAAUUUAUAUCGAGAACCUUGAGCUUGGAGAUACACCCUACAUGACCUCUCCACGAGAUGGUCUCAGUCUUCUUGAUGAUCUUUCGGGAUGUAAAAGUAUCCGAUUCAUCGAGCUCAAUAUCGACUACAAUGAGCGAGAGUCAACCGGACGCAUCAAAGAAGUCUUGAUGAGUUGCCCCAACCUCGAGAUCCUGCAUCUCCGCGACCCGUCAGCGACUUAUUCAAUGGAUUCACUCGAACACGGAACGCAUGACAUAUGUGUCGAAGUAGGGAACCAACUUCCUCGUGUGCGAGAGCUUGUUUACGAGAGCCACUCAAAGCAUAGGACCCUGAUUCCAAACAGUUUUUAGAACUAGUCGCGAAUCGAACACCUUGAACUUCGUGGUGAACAGAUGCUUCGGUUCGUAGAGAAGCUGCGAGGCUUACCCACGAGACUUAAGACUCUAAAGAUAGAGAACUUCUGUAGAGCAGAGGAUAUCCAAGAGGCCACCCUGAUUUUGGAUCGAUUUAUGUGGAAGAUCAAGGGGUUGGUUGAAUUGCAUCUAGUUAAUGCGACACUUCAUGU